AUGGAGGACCAGCUGCUGUGCUGUGAGGUGGACUCCAUCAGGAGAGCUUACCAGGACGUCAACCUGCUCAAUGACCGAGUUCUACACACCAUGCUGAAGGCCGAAGAAAACUACUUGCCUUCGCCAAACUACUUCAAGUGUGUUCAGAAAGAAAUUGUACCAAAAAUGCGAAAAAUAGUUGCCACCUGGAUGUUGGAGGUCUGCGAGGAACAGAAAUGUGAGGAGGAGGUUUUUCCGCUCGCUAUGAACUACUUGGACAGAUUUCUAUCAGUUGAGGCCACCAGGAAAACAAGACUACAGCUGCUCGGAGCCACAUGCAUGUUUCUAGCAUCCAAAAUGAAGGAGACCGUGCCCUUAACGGCGGAGAAACUCUGUAUUUACACGGACAACUCGGUCCUGCCCGAGGAACUGCUGCAAAUGGAGCUGCUGGUUCUCAACAAGCUCAAGUGGGAUCUGGCUUCAGUAACUCCUCAUGACUUCAUCGAGCACUUCCUGUCCAAGCUGAAGAUCUAUCCCUCCACCAAGCAGAUCCUCAGGAAACAUGCCCAGACCUUUGUGGCACUGUGUGCUACAGAUGUCAACUUCAUUGCCAGCCCUCCCUCAAUGGUGGCAGCAGGGAGUGUAGCAGCAGCUGUUCAAGGGCUCUACCUGAAGAGCCAAGAUGCGUCCUUGUCUUCCCAGAACCUCACUAACUUCCUGUCGCAGGUCAUUCGUAGCGACCCGGACUGCUUGCGGUCAUGUCAGGAGCAGAUAGAGUCUCUGCUGGAGUCUAGCCUGCGACAGGCACAACAGCACAAUGGCACAACAGAAACUAAACAAGUUGACGAGGACGCAGACUUGUCCUGCACCCCAACAGACGUCAGAGACAUCAACAUCUGAGGCGACCCGGAGCUACGUCGCACAAUGAGCAGUGAUGGAGGGAAAGUUGUCAGAGGGUGGUAACGGGCGGGCCAGGGAUGGGUUACCCCACUUGAACUCCCUCCCUCCCUUCCUCCUCCAGCGUGUCACUCACAUGCCUGCUGUCCACUACGGCUGCCAAGAUAGGAUGCUCACCAUGCAACUUACCCCUGUCACAUAUCCUGCCAGUGUCCCCUCCCAGGCCAGGAAAAGAAAUGAACUCUACAGAGAUGUACCAGAGAGAACAGACACUGAAUAUCAAUGGGCUCUGUGGGGCUGGAGCUGAAGCCACAGAGGCAAAAUGUUUUUCUUAUUCCCUCACACAUUAAAUUAGGAAUCUUUCAAUUAAAGCAGACUGAGCAUGCCUACUUAAACAUCCCAAAGUGUCAUGUACAGUAGGUUCUCAUAGUCUGUCAUCAGGGCUUCGCGUGAAAGCAGAGGCUCGUCUUUUACUUCCUUUUCUGUUAUGUCGGAAUGCUUUAGAGUUCCUGCCCAAGUUUCCAUGUUUGUCUUGUAGUGCAGACACUCAUAUACCCUGCUUGCUUAUGUUUAGUCACUUUAUUAUGUAUCAUUUUAAACCUCUCAGUUAGUUAGUUUUAUGCUUCUGUUCUUCCAAGCUUUUUUUUUUUUUUUUUUUUGGUCUUAAAGCAAACUUAGGGUGAGAUGCUCACAUUCUAUCACCCUUAAAGACUUUGGACUGCUAUUGUAAGGUUUGGACUAAGGAAAUUCUUUGGUCAAUCUUUGAUUUUUGCUUUACCCAUUUACUUGUUAUUUGAUAAAAUCAAAUAUAAGCA